CUGAGACGGUAGGAGUAUUGCGUCAUUUGGUGCUGGGAAUUGAACCCAGGACUUUCUGUCUGAUACAGGGAGUUCAGGGCAGAGUAGUCUCAGUUUCCUGCUCCAGGCCACCUGCAUGCCGAAUUGUGAAUUUUCUUUCUCCUGUAUUGAGGAUCAUUUCCACCUUGCUUUCUCCUUCACUACCCUAUUAGAUUCUUUCCUUGGGUUCCAACUUUUGGGGUCCCUGUAAGAAACGGCUACCAACACCUCCACCUCUUUUUCUUUCUUCUUUCUCUCUUUGAUCCAGAUUGCCCACCGAGUUCGGUGUCUUAUAAUACAUAGCAGGGGCCAUGCAGCUGCCCUCAGGGUCAUGUAGCUGCAGUCAUGCAUUGCUGGCAGUCCCAGGCUGCACACGCUGGAGUCUCAAGGACUACAGUGUAUCCCCUGCUUGUUAACAGAUUUUGCAGGCCCUCAUAGUACUCGCACAGCAGGCCCCACAGUUCCAUGCACAAACUUUCCCUGUUUACCAGAAGUUAAACAAACAUCUGUUUACCACAACUGGGGCACCAGCCACAAAGCUAAAUAACGAUCCCACCAGUGUAACCACUGGUGAGCUAGGGAGUUUGUUUGGCUUAUGGUCUUAAACGUUGGGAUUAUUUACAGGAAUAUGGGUAAUGCCCUCAUGAAUGGCAGCCUCCUAGAGGUUACAUCCUCGAGUCCUUCCUGCAGUUAUCCUGCCACUUCACUUCCUGUGAAGUGAUUACAGUUCCUUUGCCAUUCUAAUCUCAAUGUAUCAGUUAGUUGCUAUAGUUACCAGGCCAGGAUGACUGUGAGAUGAUUCCCUAUGUCUGGAGGUAGAAGAUGGUUGUGGUAUGGCAACCUCAUAAAGGUUGACCUACCAAAGAGAUUUCUAGACAAAAUAAAAGAGGGGAAAAUUGAUAGAUUCAAGGACGAUGGAUCCGUGUUCCGUUGGAGUCCAGCUUCGUACCACACACGACUGCCAUAAAACCUUCUAUACUCGGCACACAGGUUUCAAGACAUUGAAAGAAUUGUCAUCAAAUGACAUGCUUUUACUUCAGCUUAGAACUGGAAUGACACUUUCUGGGAAUAAUACAAUUUGUCUCCAUCACGUAAAAAUUUAUAUUGACAGAUUUGAAGAGUUGCAGAAGUCGUGUUGUGACCCAUUUAACAUACACAAGAAGCUAGCCAAAAAGAACCUGCAUGUCAUUGACUUAGAUGAUGCCACUUUUCUGAGCGCCAAGUUUGGAAGACAGCUCGUACCUGGUUGGAAGCUUUGCCCCAAAUGUACCCAGAUCAUCAAUGGAAGUGUGGAUGUUGAUUCAGAUGACCGCCAGAGACGGAAACCCGAGUCAGAUGGAAGGACUGCUAAAGCUCUGAGGUCACUACAGUUUACCAACCCAGGGAAGCAAACUGAAUUUGCUCCAGAAGGUGGUAAGAGGGAGAAAAGAAAGCUCACCAAAACCGCAAGCGCUGCUUCCGACAGACAAAUUAUUCCAGCAAAGAGUAAGGUGUAUGACAGCCAGGGCCUGCUGAUUUUCAGUGGCAUGGACCUCUGCGACUGCCUGGACGAGGACUGCUUGGGAUGCUUCUACGCCUGCCCCACUUGUGGCUCUACCAAAUGUGGGGCUGAGUGCCGCUGCGACCGAAAGUGGCUGUAUGAGCAGAUAGAGAUUGAAGGAGGAGAGAUAAUCCAUAAUAAACAUGCUGGAAAAGCAUAUGGUCUGUUAUCUCCCUGUCACCCAUAUGAUAUUUUACAAAAAUGAUCACCCAAAUAUUGACCAGCAAAGACGAAAACGAGGAAAAGAAAUGAACAGUGAUAUUUCUGGAAGUGAAGUUUGGAUCAGUCGUGAAUGGAAUUGUAGACAUUGCCGCUGGCCAUGGGAGUGUUGGCUACCAUUGCUGUUCUGGAGACAGAUGUGCAUCAGAGGAACCUGAUGAUGGAAACUUAACCCACAUUGCCAAGAGAAGCAGCUGGGACGAGCAAGAAGACGGUCCUAGACAAAGUUAUGGUAAAAAACGUAACAUUAAAGACUGUGUAUUGUAAAUAGAUAACUUCACAACAUUGGAGUGGUCAGAAAGGUACCUACCUGUUAAAUGUUACUAACGAAACAAAUGCUCUUCAGACUACUUUUAGGCAAGACAAUAAAACUCCAAUUCUCAAUACAUAAACUUUAA